AUGGAAGGCCUCCUCGCGGCUGCAGGCCGGGGUCCAGCUCAGGGUGUCCUGGGGGCUCCGGAGGACCGCCCGGCAUCCAGGGUCACCUGCAUCCUUGGUGGUGGCCGCAUCCUCCUGUCUGGGCCUCUGUCCCCUCCACGGCUGUCUCCUCUGUCUCCCAGCGCCCUCACCUCUUCUUACAAGGAGACCCACCACUGGAUCGAGGGACCACCCAGCUCCAGUCUGAUCUGGAGGGACGGGGGGAUGCUGUGGCUGCUCUUCCUGACCCUUCCAGGCCCGGGGGGCUUCGUGCCUGUGUCCCUGGAUCCCAACCUGGGGAGGGAGCAGCAUGGCACGGUGGGGGUGCAUGAUGCCCCUCCCGGCCGGUGGCCAUGGCAGGCCAGCCUCCGAAGGCACAGCAAGGAGCGUGAGCAGUGGGAGCACGUGUGUGGGGGCUCCCUCGUCCACCCCCAGUGGGUGCUCACCGCGGCCCACUGCACUGGACGGGAAAGCCCGCAGGCUUCUGCCUUCAGGGUGCAAGUCGGGCAGCUGAGGCUCUAUGACCCAGACCAGCUGAUGAAGGUGACUGAGGUCAUCCCACACCCUGAUUACGACCACCUCCUGUCUGCCAAAGGGGGUGCGGAUAUAGCCCUGCUGAGACUGGAGACCCCUGUGACCCUCUCCCCUCACGUCCAGGUGGUCUCCCUCCCACCUGCCUCACUGAGGGUCCCCGAAAGGAAGAUGUGCUGGGUGACCGGCUGGGGUGACAUCAGACUCGGAGGGCCGCUGCGCCCGCCCCACCACCUGCAGGAGGUGGAGGUGCCCAUCGUGGGGAACGAGGUUUGUAACCGGCACUAUCAGAACACCUCUGCAGACGCCGCCCGUCAGAUCAUCAAGGACGACAUGCUGUGUGCGGGCAGCGAGGGCCGGGACUCCUGCCAGGGUGACUCCGGGGGCCCCCUGGUGUGCAGCUGGAAUGGCACCUGGGUCCAGGUGGGCGUUGUCAGCUGGGGAGACGUCUGUGGCCAUCGCGACCUCCCUGGGGUGUACACCCGGGUGACCAGCUACGUGUCCUGGAUCCACCAGUAUGUCCCGCCCCCCCAGACCCUAGACGGGGCAGGGGACGGGUCUGCACGCUGAGAAGACUGCCUGCCAACCCUCCCAGCCAACACCCUGCUUCUUCCCCAGGGCCAGCCUU